GCAUGCAAUACGAAAAGUUUACUUUCGAGAACUUUUGUUAAGACACGUUUCUUCUGCGGAUCAAAUGAUGAUAUCUGCAUAUAUAACGGAGCAUUUUGUUUCAUAAAAAAAUACGAUGGUUCUUUUUCAUGCAGCAAUCAUCGGAAUUAUUUACAAUGAAGCCUCCAGUGUGGAGAGAGCGUUUCGAGAUGUGAAAGAGUACAAGUUUCUGAAGAAUAAAACCAUUGUCACGUCAUCGUCUGUUGCCUGUGCUGUGUCGUUGCUCCAUUCUGGUCGCCGGAUUCCACAAUAGAACAAAAUGUAUUCCAUACUAUGCGUUGACGCGUUGCUCCGGUAUAAAUUCAGCGAAAUCCAUGGAAACAUCAGUUGUGUUUAUGCUGUGCUUUCAGUGUGGACGCCUUUUUUGGUUCGUGGUGAGAAUUUACUGCGAUACAAUGCGAUUUUGCAUGAUUAUUGCGAUUCUGCUUUCGGCUUCAGUCGUCAAGACUGUAAGCCCUGCGGCGACCCUGAGCACCAUCUCGGGUCCCAUCCAGGGUAGUCUUUCCACCUCUGCCCUGCCUGAAGACUGCCUGUCAACCAUUGACUUGAAGGACAUUGUCUUUAUCUCCGCAGUCCCAAUUGCCGCUGGCUUUGGACUGCUCCUGCUCUUGACCUUUCUGCAAGAUCUCAGACAGGCAUGCAAGAGCAAACCUUCCUGCCCAUCAUCUCCUUGCAACAUACAGGGAAACAGGGCCAGAAAGGAACGUGCCUACGUCAUAGACAUAGACUAUACUGGCCGUUCACGUUGGGGUGCAUUCCUACGUUGGUGUGCAAUGCACAAAUCACCUGGUGCAAACAAAAACCCACAUCUGGUGAGACUCCAAGGAACAACUGGCUUCAGCGACUGGCUGUCUUUUGACCUGAUUCUUGGAAAGAAAUCAGAGCAGAAGACUCUGACCACACUUUGCUCCAUCGGUAAGCUCGUAGCUGUGGAGACGAAGUUCUCAUCAGCAAGCGAUGGACUCCACUCAAGGCUGCGACCAACCUCCAACUUGGGAGCUUGCCUGAGAGGAAUUAUCAACAGGGCAUGUGAUAUUGAGAUCAACAAUAUCCAUGUCACGGAUACCAAGACCCAGGACCAUUACAUUUCUGGUUGUGGUCCAAGCUGCGGUGGUAUUUCAUCAUCGGACCUAGGAAUCACUACUAUCCUUCCACUGCUACUCUCUCCCGCUCAGCCAGUAUCCAGGGUCAGUUACACUGCUUACUACUUCAAGAAUGGCUCUCUUUGGACCUCUGCCUUCACACCUUGGCGCAAGGGUAACUUCACCGGAUGCCGUCAUAUCACCUGCUUGUUUACCUGCAUCAGUUACACCAUGGUUGCAGUGCAGGUGAUGUCGGAGCCAUAUUUGCAGCCAUCUCUGGGAGAGUUUGUGGUGGUCAGUCCCGUAGGUGUUGAUAUCACCGUGGGAAUGAUAAUUAAAGCAGCAGGUGUGAGUGCCGUACUUUUCCCAGUUUUCAUCAUGAUUGAAGUACUUUGCCGCACAACUCCAACCAUUCUGUCAUCUUGUGGUCAAAGUGCCGCAGUUCCUUUGGAACAGAGUGGACACUUGUUUGUGGCAGCUGCCAGUGGUACUCAACCAGUGAAAGUUCAGUCAGCUGCUGGGAGCUUUUGUGAUAGUGGUGGUGGUGGCGAUCUCCAAGAGGAGUUUCCUCAAAAGUCUGUCAGUACUCCAGAUAUGCAGAGGCAGGGAGCCAGACCAAGUGAAGGUCCUGAUAAACAGACCCAUGAUACUACAUCAUAUUGCAAUAAUGUUGGCAGCCAGUGUGUCGCAUCAUCCCAAGAUGAGGCUGAGAGACAACUGACUCAGCUCCACAUCACAAAUGACAACAACAAUAAUGAAGUGACCAUCAUUGAGAUCCAUCCUUGCGAUGAACCGUCCACCAGUCUGCCUGUCAGCACCAACUCGCAUGCAGUUGUUGAUAUGGAAACCAGUCAAUCUUCAUCGAACUCAACUACUACGCAGACUGGGUCCUCCAUGAUUGACACCGCCAGCAGCCUUGGGGAGUCGGCCAGUGCCAACCAGGAUAAAUCUUCAUUGAACCUGAAGAUGUUCAAAGCCGAUCUAACGAAGACAACCAACAAGCAUUGUUCAAGACACUGCAAGCUGAUUCUGGCAGCUUUUGGUCAUACUUUGCUUAUAGCAACCUGUGUGUUUGCCACACUGUGGUCGGUGUCAUCCUUCCACGGUCUCUGCUGGAAUGCCUUCUGGGAAUGGGUGGCAACUUCCAUCAUUGCCAUUCUCAUCCAGGCUGUUAUCUUGGAUACAAUCAAGGCUAUCAUUGUGACUGUCAUGAAAAGGCGUGAUGACAAGAGAGCUACUACAUCCACGCCUCACUCCCUUAUUCAAUAAACUAUAUUCAUGGCCGUUCAGCA